UUACGUAAACGUUACUUCAGUAUGUAUUUUUGAUUAAUUUUACAACACAUCGUGAUCUAUUGUACGCUACUUUCGUGGUUUAGAAAACUAAGAACCAGCAUUUUAAUAUUGAUUCUUUGCUCGACGACGUAUUUAUUACAAGAUUAUUCCCCAGAGGUACUCUCGAAACGAAAUCAUCACAACGUGUGGGGAAAAACAAUGGAAAAGUAAAUGAAACAUCGAAGAAAUGAAUAUAAUACGUAUUCCUGAACUAUUUCGCACUCUAUUCGCUUACACAUUGAUAUUGGGAAUCAGCACAAAUUGCUCGGAUGCAAAAUCGACGGAAGAUAUCUCCGCAGUGUUUUCGUCUGAACACCUGCUUCGCGGAUUCGACCAUUUGGCAGUAGAUAAUAAGUAUGGAAGAUGGGUAUACAUAGGGUCAGCGGGUUACCUUUAUCAAUUAUCAUCAGACUUGAGACUGCAAGUUGAAUAUACCGAACAGGAUCUAGGUGAUUAUUCAAAUUGUACAAGUUAUAAGUGUUUGAGUCAAUUGUACGGAGAUUCCAGUUUAUACAACCAAAUAUUAGUAUUGGACUAUCACUACCAGCAAUUGAUAUCGUGUGGUACUUUUUACAUGGGUAUAUGUCAUGCACAUGAUCUCGGCAAUAUUUCUAAAAUUUUGGCAACCAACUUUGAACCUAUAAUAAAGAAUAAUUAUUUGCAACGAACAGUAGCCUUCACGACUCCUUGGUUACUGCCCAACUCAUCGAAACCAUUGUCAGCACUGUAUGUCGGCUUCGUCAACGAUUUUAUUGACCAAGUACAGAUCAGAAAUCUUGAGCGAACGAAUUUUUUGUCAAAUCUAACAGAACAUUCUGUGUAUGAUUCGUCGAAGAAUGCCAUACCCUUUGUCGAACCCAGAUUCAUUAAGGGUUUCAGUUUUCAAAACAGUAGCUACUUUCUCACAGCAGGACUAGGUGUCAGCACUUCACCUCCUUCAAACAAUACAAUAGCUCGUCUGCUCUCGGGAGCAGGAUACCUAAUCAAGAUAGAUCAUAAACAGGGAAAAAAUUCAUAUAACAGUGCUUUCAUUACUUGCAAUUCUAGCAUGGAACAUUCAGCUGGUCAACGUAAUAGAAUCCAGCACGCUUAUAUCUACGAGUACGUGAAAGAAUCGAACUCGGCAUUAGAAACGGAUUCACUCGGAGUGAACAAAACAUUUAUGUUUGCACUUUUCAACCUGUUUGACGGAAAUGGAUACCCAUCAGGGUUUGUAGUAUGUAAAUAUCAUACAAAUAACAUACUUUUCUCCGCUCAAAAGAAUCGAAUACACAACGAAGAUCUCAUAUUUUUCCACGAGGAUGAGCCAGAUGUUACAGCUAUGACAGUGACAUCGGUUAACAACCACAUAGUUCUGUUUCUUGGCACAAAGGCAGGACAUCUGAAGAAGGUAUCGAUUGAAGGAAUUGAUUCGCCCGAUGCUCGCACAGCAAAUUACUAUUCGGAUAUUAUAGUUGAUCACAGAUCUCCUGUGAAUUCUGAUCUGCUGUUUGAUUUCUCCAAAAACUUUUUGUAUGUAAUGACUAAAAAUAAAAUUGCCAAAGUCAAGACGUACAAUUGUGACGGAUAUACCACAUCAUACGAAUGUUUGCGCACACAAGAUCCUCACUGUGGAUGGUGUUCUGUCAAAAAUAGAUGUUGUUCGAAAUCAGAAUGUACCAAUGAACAAAAUAGCAUCGGAUGGAUGUCGUAUCACAUCUAUAAACACUUGAACACAUCUUCAAUUUCAAUGAAUAAAUUUCUGCUCACAGUAGAAUGGAACGAGACCAUUAGUUUCACAAAAUCACAUCCUUUUGAUAAUCUCACGAUGAUAUGUAACUCAUAUAAGACGUGUUCAGAAUGUUUAAUUUCAAAUUAUCCAUGUAAAUGGCACGUGAAUAAUGAUAGGUGUACGGAUGAAACAGUCUGGAGCAGCAAUGACAUAGUAAUAGGGGCUACUUCGGAUCAGAUUCGCUCGAAAAUUCGGCAAUACACAUUCCAUGAAAAAUUUCCAAGAGAUCAGUUUUACUGUCCGCAGUUCUUUCCAAUUUACUCAUCUGAAUCAGAAAUUCACAUCAAUGCUGACACAGAGAAAGAAACAACCAUUAAAAUAGGGUAUAGAAUCCCAACAGAUUCACAGAAUGAAACAUUAGCAUGUAAAUUUCACAUUGAAGGAAACAAGAACAUACAAUAUGCAGCUUCAAUAGCUUCAAAUUUCGUUUCAGGUUAUUCUGAAGGAACCAUUGAAUGUAAAAAUGUGAAACUUACAUACGCUGAUCGAAAACCAAAAAAUGUAAUCAUCAAAUCGUCAAUUUUAUGGAAUGGAUCGAAACCUCUCGAUAACCCCCUAAACACACGCGUAAUCUUAUAUAAAUGCCCAUACAUGGGAAAUCAGUGUAAAACAUGCGUAAGUCUGCAAUACUGCAAAUGGGAUUUACAAGCUAAACAAUGUGAAUAUGAUGGCAUUGCCAAUGAAAGGUGGCAGAAGAAUGCUAAAAUGGAACAAUGUCAAGAUCCAACAAUCGCUUUCUUCACACCACAAGUAGGACCAUUGGAAAGUGGAACUAGAGUAUCAAUCCAUAUCAGUAACUUGGGUAAUGUAUUCCCUUUGUCAUGGAACAUUACAGUAGGUGAUACCCCUUGCCGUGUACAUCCACAUUCUGCUGAUGAAGCAAAUGAAAAAUUAAUAUGCACACUAGAAAAGUGUAAUUCACCAACUCGAGAUUGUAGCGGACCAAUUAAGCUUGUUACAGAAGACUUAGUUCUAACAUCAAAUACUACCUUCCAAUUUGUAGACCCCAAAAUUAAACACAUCUCACCAGGAGAAGGAUCAACGAGUGGUGGUACAGAGCUGACUAUUCAGGGCGACUAUAUGAAUGCUGGCAGCACAAUCGAAGUAUAUAUCGGUGAUUUGGAAUGUGUGGUGUUUGAAAACAAUUCAACGCAUCUGAAAUGUGUCACUGGUCCAUCUAAGCAGGCCUUAAAAAAUUACGUGACUGUGAAGUUUGAUGGGCACAUUCGGAUAUCUGAAUAUAUCUAUGAAUACGAUGAAAAUUCAGAUCCAGUAGAGAAUAUGCAUAAAAUACCUAGAGGUGUUCCAAUGAAUGACCCAGGUGCAUCAAUAACAUUCGACAUAUCCGAUCCAAAAACCCUUAAAAAACAGGAUGAAAUCAGAUUCUAUAUCCAAGAUAAAGAGUUAGAGAAGACAUACUUCAGCAAAUGUGAAAUUAGUAAUAUUUCAUUAGUUUGUCCAACACCAAACAUUUGUGAUACUGAUGGAUUUCUUCUUAGCGAAAUGAAACCUAAACUUAUGGAUUAUGAGUUUAGAAUAAAUUCUACUGAUAAAACAUUCAAGCAUUUUGAUGUCUAUAAACGGUAUCCAAAGUUUUUGCUUUACCCGAAUUCAGUUAGACAUCUGUUGGUAAAUACCAGCAAAAACCAAACAAUCACCUCGAAUAACGUCAUUGUAACCGUAUUAGCAGCGGUAACAUUCAUUAUAAUCACAAUAUUCAUCAUUUUUUGCAGAAGAUCUGCUAAAAAAUCACAAAAAAUGCAACAACAACUUAAUAAAAUGGGCAUGGAAAUGAUAGCCAUGUCACAAUGGGUAAAGCAGAUAGUAAUUGAAAAAGAAAUAGAACUGGAUGAAACUGAAUCCAACAUGCUGAAAUUACCAAAUGUUACAAUCGAAUACUCAUCUACUCCUCGAUUAGCUGCAAAUGAAGUACAACCAAAAAUCGAAUACCAAUUACCACUAGAUGAGAGAUGGGAAAUUCCUCGGAAAAACCUUGUUAUAGGAAAAAGUCUGGGAGAAGGCGAGUUUGGAAAAGUAGUUGAAGGUGAUAUUGCAGAUCUUUUUCAGCAAGAUGUGGUCCAGAAAGUGGCCGUGAAAAUGUUGAAAAAUAUCCACACAGACAUAGACAUGGUGAAUUUAGUCAAGGAAAUGGAACUGAUGAAACUCAUUGGCAGACACGACAAUGUGCUGAGACUACUCGGUUGCUGUACACAAGAUGGGCCAUUGUUCAUCAUUACUGAAUAUGCUUCACAUGGCAAUUUACUCCAUUUUCUUCGAAAUAACGAUCCUUCCAUGGCUAAGGAGAUAACUGCCAUUGAAUUGUCCGUAAAUGUUUUGAUUACAUUUGCUCGACAAAUAGCGAGUGGCAUGGAAUACUUAGCUUCCAUAAAAUGUAUCCACCGAGACCUUGCUGCCCGAAAUAUCCUAGUAUUUGACGAUUACAUCAUGAAAAUAGCUGAUUUUGGAUUAGCAAGAGAUAUUCGACGUACUUACUACUACAAACAGAAAUCCGAUGGUAGAUUCCCAGUCAAAUGGAUGGCACCAGAAACAUUGAUACACCAACGUUGCACAAUUCGAUCUGAUGUGUGGUCAUAUGGUAUACUACUAUGGGAGAUUAUGACCUUUGGUGCUGUUCCUUACUCAGCCUACAAUGAUGCAGACAAAUUGCUGCUAGACAUUAAGUCUGGGUAUCGUAUGAGAAAACCUGACGGCUGUUCCAUGAAUAUGUACCGCCUAAUGUGUAAAUGUUGGAGUUAUCAGCCAGAAGAUCGCCCAGUAUUUACAGAAAUCUGUGACACUUUGAAUAUCAUGCUGGCCAAUUAUAACGCAGUAAGCACAAUUGUACAACCAGAAUCUCAGUGCUCUAAUAUUACCACAUCCAGUCAACAGCAAAAUGAAACUGAUAGGUAGUUUAUUGCAGAUACUAGUAAAUGAUAUGAAGGAGAACUGCAGUUUUAUUAUUAAGUUAUAAGUCAGUACUUUCUCAAAAAUGAUCUUUUUAUGGUUAAUGUAGGUAUCAUAUAAAGGAAAUUUAUUGUUAAUGUAUCAUAUUAAGUGAUGGAUUUUUGUAAGUUAUAUCUAAGCAUGUAGGACGUCAAUGUCUCAUUGUCUCCAU